AAUAAGCCGAUAAUGGAAAAGAGAAGAAGAGCGCGAAUUAAUAAUUGUCUCAACGAACUGAAGGCGCUUAUACUGAAUGUUAUGAAAAAAGACCCAGCCAGUCACUCGAAGUUAGAAAAGGCCGACAUCCUCGAGAUGACUGUCAAACAUUUAGGCGGUUUACGCUCCGGCGCAUCGGACAGGUUCCGCGCCGGCUACCGGCGUUGCCUGUCCGAGGUGGCCCGGUUUCCAGGGCUAGAUAUCGAAUUAAGGAAGAGGCUGGUGAAACACUUGGAAGGAUUGGCGCCGGGAGUCAGGCCUGUCACACCCACUUCGACUUUAGAUGUAGAUGAUGCAGUUUCGCCGUCUACUGUUUUGAUCUCUGCUGACCCCAGCUCAGUUCACCUAAUCCCUACUCGUCUACCCAACGGCGACGUCGCAUUGCUUCUCCCAGCCAACGUGAACGCGAACACAUUAGGGUCUUGGCCUGCUGUAGACGCACCAACCCUAGUACCUUUCUCCCGAGACCCUUGUUACUCGCCUGCCAGUUCAGCGGGCUCCCCCCGUCCCGCGGACCUCGCCCCUCUAGCUUUGGUGGCGAGAAAAACACAGGACAAACCGUGGAGGCCUUGGUGA